UGGCAUGUCGUGCCAAUAUCCUCUCUACCACUGUCACUUCAAUACGUCACAACCACUUCGAAAAAUCGCUGUUUUCUGAAAGCGACUGAGUUAAUGUUUGGCUAAUUACAUUGUAUUUUAAAUUUCUUCCUUCUAGUUCUGAGAUGAGAAGGAGAAUCAACAAACAAACGUUGUAUAAUGAUAAGACUUGCUGAACACUGAACAGAUGUCGGAAAGUGUUGAAGAGAAAACAAGAAAUGUGGCCGAUAACUUCCGGUAUCUGCCAUCUUCUCGGUUAGGAAAAUAAUAGGAGAGUCGCUCGAAGCAAAAUAGAAGUAGCAGCUUGGAUAUUUGAGCGUAAAAGAGAAGCAGUAGAAGAGACGUUUGAGAGAUGAGGUGAGACUUCAUCAAUCGAAGAAAGCUGCACAAGUGAACGUAUUCUCUUUACACGGGGUGAAAGUAUUUUCUUAAUAGGAGACAGAAUAUGGCUGGCAACGGACUACACAUGUCAUAUGGAAAUGAUAAACCUCCAUCCUCGACCGGCAGUGGCGAAGCUGACAUAGCUAAUGAUCCUGCCAGUAGUGGAUUCUUUACGAACGAUUUUAAAAAACAUGAAGAUCUCAAAGCUAUGCUGGAUGGCAACAAAGAUAACCUGAAGUUGGAGGCAAUGAAGCGUAUUAUAGGGAUGGUUGCCAAAGGAAAAGAUGCUUCAGAUUUGUUCCCAGCUGUUGUCAAAAAUGUGGUGUCAAAAAAUCUUGAGGUGAAGAAACUUGUCUAUGUGUAUUUAACCCGUUAUGCAGAAGAACAACAAGAUCUGGCAUUGUUGUCAAUAAGUACGUUCCAAAGAGCCCUGAAGGACCCUAACCAGCUAAUCCGAGCCAGUGCUUUACGUGUCUUAUCUAGUAUCCGUGUUACAGUUAUUGUUCCCAUUAUGAUGUUAGCUAUUAAAGAGGCUGUAAUGGAUAUGUCACCUUAUGUGCGCAAGACUGCAGCACAUGCUAUUCCUAAACUCUACAGUUUGGAUCCAGAACAGAAAGACCAACUGAUUGAAGUUAUUGAGAAACUCUUGGCUGAUAAGACCACACUUGUUGCUGGAAGUGCUAUUCAAGCCUUUGAGGAAGUUUGCCCAGAAAGGAUAGACUUGAUACACAAGAACUAUCGAAAACUUUGUAAUCUGCUGGUAGAUGUUGAAGAAUGGGGCCAGGUUGUCAUCAUCAACAUGCUGACACGAUAUUGUCGGACACAGUUUACUAAUCCAAAUCAAACUGAAACAAAUGAAGAAUCUGAACAGCAUUUUUAUGAUGAUUCUGAUAAAGAAGAGGAAAAAGAAGAUAGUAAAUCUGUGAAGAAAGUGUACAGCAUGGAUUCAGAUCACCGCCUGUUGCUACGGCAAACUAAGCCCUUGCUCAAUAGUAGGAAUGCUGCGGUUGUAAUGUCAGUUGCUCAGCUUUAUUUCCACUGUGCUCCAAAAGCUGAGGUUGGAAUUGUUGGCAAGGCAUUGAUUCGACUUUUGCGGAGUCACAAAGAGGUACAGUAUGUGGUGCUAAGCAACAUUGCCACAAUGACCAUAUACAGAAAGGGAAUGUUUGAGCCCUAUCUAAAAAGUUUCUAUGUGCGUUCAAAUGACCCAACGCAUGUUAAAUUAUUAAAGCUAGAAAUCUUGACUAGUCUUGCCACAGAGACAAACAUAUCCACUAUUCUUCGAGAGUUUCAGACCUAUGUAACCAGUGCAGACAAAGCAUUUGCUGCAGCCACAAUUCAGGCAAUUGGUCGUUGUGCUAGCAAUAUUGCUGAGAUCACAGAUGCUUGUCUCAAUGGAUUGGUCCACCUUAUGUCAAAUAGAGAUGAAGCUGUUGUUGCUGAAAGUGUUGUUGUUAUUAAGAAAUUGCUUCAGAUGCAGGUAACUUGUAAGCAAAAGCCCUCUGAACAUAAAGAUAUCAUUAUACACAUGGCUAAAAUGGUGGACAAUAUUACUAUACCUAUGGCUCGAGCAAGUAUACUUUGGUUAAUUGGAGAAUAUAGUGAAAGAGUUCCAAAAAUUGCUCCAGAUGUUCUUCGUAAAAUGGCUAAGGGAUUUACUGGAGAGGAAGAUAUUGUGAAAUUGCAAAUACUUAACUUAGCAGCCAAGAUGUGCAUUACCAACCCUAAACAAACCAAAUUGUUAUGCCAAUAUGUCCUCAAUUUAGCUAAAUAUGAUCAGAAUUAUGACAUUCGUGAUCGAUCUCGGUUUCUACGGCAAUUAGUCUUACCAACUGGGGAGAAGCCUGGUUUCCUUUCCAAAUAUAUAAAGAAAAUCUUUCUUUCCACAAAACCUGCUCCAGUAUUAGAAUCUAAAUUCAAAGACCGGGACCAAUAUCAGUUAGGAACUUUAUCUCAUUUGCUGAAUACAAAAGCUCAUGGCUACCAAGAACUUCCAGAUUUUCCUGAAUCAGCCCCAGAUCCAACAGUAAGAAAUGUUGAGGUUCCUUUACCCUGGUCAGAUUUGACUCGUAAGAAAACUGGGAAAAAUAAGACAAUAACUUCAGAACACUUUUAUUCUGAUGAAGAAAGCAGUGAAGAUGAGGAAUCAAGUAAAUCUAGUAAUGAGAGCAGUGAUGACGAGGAUGAUGAUGAGGAGGACGAGGACAGUGAAGAGGAGAGCUCUAGUGAUGAAUACUCUGAAGUAUCUGGUGAUAGUCAUGCAGUAAAUAAUGCUGUUGCCAGCAGUGCAGAUGAUGAUGGUGAUGAGGAAGAUGACGAGGAGGAUGAGGAAAGUACAUCAGAUGAAUCUGAGGAGGAGAGUUCAACAGAAUCCUCUUCUGAUGAAAGUGUUAAACAUGUAAAAAAGACAAAGAAGUCAAAACCCAUUACAAAUAAUAAAUCAGCAACUCCUGCUUCCAAAGACAAUACAAACCUUCUUUUGGACCUUGAUGACUUGACUCCACAAAACACAAAUGCUGUGAUGACACCAGCUGCCAGACCUGUGCAAGACAUCCUCACACCUAUGAUUGCUUCUUUGGAUCUAUAUAGCACACCUGUUUCAGAAAAUUCUCCUGCCAAUUAUACACUAAAUUUCCCAGUUGUCAAUAACAAAUCUUAUGAACUAUUAAAUCGUAUGACAGCAAAAGGUUUGUCAGUGAAGUACUGUUUCACCAGGACCAUAUCAAUUUUCAACCCUAAGAUGACCUCAAUUGAGUUGACCUUUACAAACGAGUGUGAUAAACCUAUGAACAGUAUAAAAAUUGGGAAUAAGAAAACACCACCAGGCAUGGAUAUACACGAUUUUCCAGAAAUAACUACUCUUGCUCCAGGUGCCACAACUUCAGUAUUAAUAGGAAUUAACUUUAAUGAUACCACACAGCCGGCAGUGUUUGACAUUAUUGUUGAUGAUAUGCAGUAUUCUGUGAAAAUAAGUGCUCCUGUUGGUGAGCUGCUGCAACCUUAUACAAUGAAUGAGAAGGAAUUUAAAGCACAGAAAAGUAAAUUAACUGGUAUGACAGAAAACACUAGUCAGGUGGAGCUGGCCCAUAACCAUGGCACUGCUGAAUCAAUUUGUAUGUGUAUACAUCAAACUGCCAAUGUGCUACAGGUUCCAUCCAGUGACAGCCAAAUUUAUUAUUUUGCUGGCAAAACACUUGCCACUCAGACGCUUUUGCUCAUCGCAGUCGAGAAUCAGAAUAGCGAGAGUGCAAAAGUAACAGUAAACUGCGAGAAAAUGGUUAUUGGUUCCAUGAUGACUAAAGACAUACAACAUUCAUUAAAGAAAUCAUAAUGAUAGGCUUCGGAAUGUAGUUACCCCACUAUCCUUUGUUUGCCUUUUUUUUUUUUUAAUUGUUGCUUUGUUGGUUUUAUUUUUGUUCUUCCUGUCUCAUUUUAUAUGUUUAUUAUUGUUGUUGUUAUUGUUUUUAUAACUUCUCCCUCCCCACAAAGUAGAAACAAAUUGAUUUAUUAAAUAAGUUUAAACAAAGGGAAAUGUUAAAUUUAACAAAAAAGAAAGGAUGUUUUUGGUUGGUCGGUCGGUUGGUUGGUUGGUUUUUUGUUAUAUUUUAUAAAAAUUAAAUUUGGUAAAAAAAAAAAACAAACA